GACCCGACAGAAAAGAGUCAUUGAGAGAGACACACACAGAGACAGACAGAGACAGAGACACAGAGAGAGUCAUUUCUAUUUCUUACCAUCCUGUAACAACUCAAUAUUCUCACCUUCUCACUUCCCCUGCUCAAGUGUAUCCAGUUUACAGCAGAGUCCCAGGUGAGUAGAAAAACACAAAGCUAUUCUCAUCUUCUUGCCCAGGGGAGUCUUGACUCUCUCCUGUAUACUAUGAUGCUCCUCCUUUGUACCUCUCCCUGCUUUCUCUCUGCCCUCUCACAAACCAAUAACUCCAUCUGCGCCUCUCCGCGGGGAGACACUCCCACGGUUUGGGGGGAGUGAGGAAGGGGUAGGUGGGAGCGAUGUUAUGUCGCUAGUCUGGCAGGAGUGCGUGAAUUAUAAGGGGUGAGAGUCUCGGAGCAGGGAAGGAGAAAAAGGGGAGGAAGAAAAUGAAAGAAGAGGUGGAGGGAACUCCAGGGGGUGGUGGCUGAGUGCCUGGUUGAUGGAGAGAGCAGACUAUAAGAUUGCAUCUGCUUGCAAAGGAGCAUUUAUGCUGCUUGGUAACCGAGUAGCUUGCAGGAAGAAAAGAGCCAGGGCAGCAUCUUGACGUCAGGACUAACUGGGAGUCGCUCCGGCAACCUCAGUGGGGAGCAUUUGCCGAGAUUCGGGCGGCCAGGCAGGAGGUUAGCAGAGAGCUUGGAGUGGGCACAGGGAGAGAGUUAGAGAGAGGAGCCUAGAGGCGGGGGCGCAGCAUGCCCCUGCCCCUAGCCCAUGGAGAUCGCCUUGGUCACGCUGAAAAACGGAGGCACCGUGGCCAUCGGGAAAGGAGAACCGACUGGGGGAAACAGCGGUCCCAAGCCAGAGGGAGAGGUCCGGCGUCCUCCGACAGGACAGCCGAACGACGGAGCCAAGGAGGGAACGCCGAGGAGGUCCAGGAGUGGCGGUGGUGGGAGAGGCGAAGUACUGAGUGGACGUCCUUUACCCGAGCUUCCGGAGACAGCUCGACAGCAAACUCCUGGACAAGGGGAAGAAGAAGCAGAAACAAGCUCCCCCUUGGGGAUGUCGGAAGGUGAAGGUUUAGGGUCUUCUGCCCUCCAUCAUCAACGUGUGCUCAUCAACAUCUCGGGGCUUCGUUUCGAGACUCAGCUUGGCACUCUGGCUCAGUUCCCGGACACUCUCUUGGGGGACCCUGCCAAGCGUCUGCAUUACUUUGACCCCCUGCGUAAUGAGUACUUCUUCGAUCGUAACCGACCCAGCUUCGACGGCAUCCUCUACUACUACCAGUCUGGGGGGAGGCUGAGGAGGCCUGUCAAUGUCUCCUUGGAUGUGUUUGCUGAUGAGAUCCGCUUCUAUCAACUAGGGGAUGAGGCCAUGGAGCGAUUCAGAGAGGAUGAGGGCUUCAUCAAAGAAGAGGAGAAGCCUCUGCCCCGGAAUGAGUUCCAGAGGCAGGUUUGGCUCAUCUUUGAGUACCCAGAGAGUUCCGGCUCAGCCCGGGGCAUCGCCAUUGUCUCUGUUUUGGUCAUCCUCAUCUCCAUCAUCACCUUCUGUCUUGAGACCCUGCCUGAGUUCCGGGAUGAACGGGAGCUGUUUCGACAUCCCCAGCUGCCCCAACAGCCUCCAACUCACCCUCAGAAUGCUAAUGCCAGUAGAGGCGGUGGUCGGAACCUGCAUCUUCUGUCUCAGGGGCCCACAGUAGCCCCGAUGGUGUCCAGGACCCUGGCAGAUCCAUUCUUCAUUGUGGAGACCACGUGUGUAGUGUGGUUCACCUUUGAGCUUCUGGUUCGCUUUUUUGCUUGCCCUAGCAAAGCAGAAUUCUCCCGGAACAUCAUGAACAUCAUCGAUGUGGUAGCUAUCUUUCCUUACUUCAUCACCCUGGGUACAGAGCUGGCAGAGCAACAACCAGGGGGAAUAGGAGGAGGUGGAGGUUCCAAUGGACAGCAGGCCAUGUCCCUGGCAAUCUUGCGAGUCAUCCGCCUGGUCAGGGUUUUCCGCAUCUUCAAACUCUCCCGACAUUCCAAGGGCCUCCAAAUCCUGGGCAAGACCUUGCAGGCCUCCAUGAGGGAACUGGGGCUCCUCAUCUUCUUCCUCUUCAUUGGAGUCAUUCUCUUCUCCAGUGCUGUCUACUUUGCAGAGGCAGACAACCACGAGACCCACUUCUCCAGUAUCCCAGACGCCUUUUGGUGGGCAGUGGUCACCAUGACUACAGUGGGCUAUGGGGACAUGAGACCGGUGACGGUAGGGGGCAAGAUUGUGGGAUCUUUGUGUGCCAUUGCAGGUGUCCUCACCAUUGCUCUGCCCGUGCCUGUCAUCGUCUCCAACUUCAAUUACUUCUAUCACCGGGAGACUGAUAAUGAGGAAAGGGCUGCCCUCAAGGAAGAACCAACAAGCACCACAGGCCAGGGCUCAGGACAGGACAGUGUGAAUCAGAUGAAAUCUAGUGAGAGCAAAGGGUCCUUUACUAAAACCCCAGAUAACAUGGAAGGAUCCCACAGGGGAAGUUGCCCCCUGGAAAAAUGUAACCUUAAAGCCAAAAGCAAUGUAGACAUAAGGAAAUCCCUCUAUGCCCUUUGCCUAGAUACAAGCCAGGAGACAGAUCUGUAGUGGAGACCAAGAGGGCCAGGUGGAGAUGCAGAAUGAGUCUUUAGAGUGGCAAUCUAUUUUGUACCACAGAGUAUUCAAAGAUUAUUCUCCAACCUGCUUUUCUCCCUUGUUCCUUCUCCCCCUUUCGCCCCUUUUUGUUUUUUUCCAUGACACCAAAGGGUCACUUAUUUUUAAAAAGUACCACAUUCCAUGACGCAGGAUACUGUCGAAAUGGUGAGUGCAGUAAGAUGUAUGUAUUUGCAGUUCUGGCUACUUUUAGCCAUUAGUGGGAAAACCAGACAAAAGCUUUUGGAAAAAACAACAAACAGAGAAUAGAGAUUUUGCAAACCCCAGAUAUAUGUGUUCCAAGUUUGAGUAUGUUUAUUUGAAUGGGGAGGGGAGGUUAUUUUUUGUGACAGAUGGAAGAAAAUUUUAUAUUGUAGUUCAGAUAUUUCUGACAUAUAUUUUCUUUCUCUAUAUAUGUUGUGUUUAUGGAUGGAAAAAAGUUUGUGCUGCUUUUCUGGAAACCACUAUUUCACCAGCACCUUCCUGAUAUGGACACUUGUUUCUCAGCAUAAGCCUGUCUUAGUUCUCAUGUUCACAAACCUGUGUUUCUCUGGAUGCCAUGUGAACUUGAUGCUUCAGUUCUAGAAUAGAGACACUUUCUGGAAAGAAAGACAAGGUUUUUUUGUGAGCCUUAAAUAAUUGGUGUGAUUUUCUUUCUUCACAUUUUAAUAAGGUUGGAGGAAGAUUUCUUAUAAUUCCUUCCUCUCCUUUUUAUCCUCAGAAAUAAAACAUCACCUUAUUGAGGAGAGUGCUUGGUUUUCUACAAUUUUUUUUGUGACAGUCUUUUUGUCUUCUUGGAUUAGGAGAGCAAAGAUCUUGGGUGGUUAAGAAAGCCAGUGAUUUGAUAGACAACAGCCUUUCUUGGCAACUGAAGGCACUCACCCUAUAAUCUGUGAGAGACAAUAUUCUUUGAUUUGCUCAGAAUGUGUUUAUUAAAGACCUCAUUUUAACAAGCUUUUUGCUAAGGGAACUGUACUUCUUAGACCCAAAAUCUAGUAGAUUAAGUGAAAAGAAAUAGGGGAGCAGGCCCCACCUGAGGUCUUCUGGGAAUUCUUUUCCCUCAAGGUUUACCUCUGCUUAACACAGCACAGAACAGCUGAGAACCAAGACUGAUCCUUCUCAGACAAUGAAGCCUGUUCUACAGGAGCUUAUCCUACCAUGGAGUCACUGGGAGAACUGUAUUUAAUGAUGUACACCUCCUGUGGUAUGGGUGAAAGCUAUCCUAUUCUUUUGUGGCAGCAGGGAAUAUGGAGGAUUUCACAUUCACAUUAAAUGUUGAUUUCUACA